CCUGGCUCGGGGCCGCAGCGGAGCCGGGCGGCGGCGACGGAGCCGGGGCCGGAGUGAGUCUGAAGGCUGCUGAAGGUCCAUAUGUGUCACAGUUCCAGCUUUCCAUCUCUAGUGUUCUCAGACGUCUGCCAGUCACGGAAGUGAGUACUGUGUAGUCUGCUGUCAAAGAUGGUGAAGCUGGAUAUACACACACUGGCUCAUCACCUCAAGCAGGAACGACUGUAUGUAAACUCAGAAAAGCAACUUAUUCAGAGGCUGAAUGCAGACGUGUUGAAGACAGCUGAAAAGCUGUACCGCACAGCGUGGAUUUCCAAGCAGCAACGGAUUAACUUGGACAGACUGAUCAUAACAAGUGCGGAAGCUUCUCCUGCUGAAUGCUGUCAGCAUGCUAAAAUCUUGGAGGAUACACAGUUUGUGGAUGGAUAUAAGCAGUUGGGAUUUCAGGAGACUGCUUAUGGAGAGUUCCUAAACAGAUUGAGAGAGAACCCUAGGCUUAUCGCGUCCUGUCUGGUUGCUGGAGAGAAGCUCAACCAGGACAACACCCAGAGUGUCAUUCACACAGUCUUUACCUCCAUUUAUGGAAACUGCAUCAUGCAGGAGGAUGAGAGCUACCUCCUGCAGGUCCUUCGUUACUUGAUCGAAUUUGAACUUAAGGAAAGUGACAACCCUCGGCGGCUGUUGAGACGAGGCACUUGUGCGUUCAGCAUCUUAUUCAAACUUUUCUCUGAAGGACUUUUUUCUGCAAAACUCUUUCUUACUGCAACCUUACAUGAGCCGAUCAUGCAGCUUCUGGUUGAAGAUGAAGAUCACCUGGAAACUGAUCCAAACAAAUUAAUUGAGAGAUUCUCUCCAGUCCAACAGGAAAAGUUGUUUGGAGAGAAAGGCACAGAAAAAUUUAAGCAAAGAGUCCAAGAAAUGGUUGACUCCAAUGAGGCGAAGCUGGUGACGUUGGUGAACAAAUUCAUUGGCUAUCUGAAACAAAAUACGUACUGUUUUCCACAUAGCUUGCGAUGGAUCGUGUCACAAAUGUACAAAACGCUCUCGUGUGUAGACAGACUGGAGGUUGGGGAGGUCAGAGCAAUGUGCACAGACCUCCUUCUAGCAUGUUUCAUCUGUCCUGCAAUUGUCAAUCCAGAACAGUAUGGGAUAAUUUCUGAUGCACCUAUAAACGAAGUGGCGAGAUUUAAUCUGAUGCAGGUUGGGAGACUUCUGCAGCAGUUGGCAAUGACAGGUUCUGAGGAGGGAGAUCCACGUACGAAGAGCAACCUUGCUAAAUUCGACAAAAGCUGUGUUGCAGCUUUCCUGGAUGUCGUUAUUGAUGGGCGUGCAGUUGAAACUCCUCCCAUGUCUUCUGUCAACCUUCUGGAGGGGCUGAGUAGAACAGUGGUUUACAUGACGUACAGCCAGCUAACUACUCUGGUCGGUUUCAUGCGAAAUGUAAUGUUGAGUGAUCAACUUAAGGAAGAUCGGAUGGCUUUGGAAAACUUGCUAGCAAACUUACCCCAGAACAAACCAGGGAAAAGCAGCAGCCUAGAAAUGACGCCGUACAAUACCCCACAGCUCUCUCCUGCAACUACUCCAGCUAACAAAAAAAAUCGAUUACCGAUAGGACAGCAAUUGGCAGCCAUUACUGCCUGGGAUACCUCUGCUACCAAUCUUUCAGCUCAUAUAACUCUAGUAACCCCUUUUGCAACUCGUAGCAGAAGUAGGUCAAAUAUUCUCAUGGAUCAGCAUGGGGAUCAUGAAGGGUCCUCCCAGGAAACCAUCCCAGAAGUUCAGCCGGAAGAAGUGCUGGUGAUUUCUUUGGGAGCUGGACCACAGAUUACUCCAGGAAUGAUGUCAGAAAAUGAGGUCCUAAAUAUGCAGCUUGCAGAUGGUGGACAAGGAGAUGUCCCUGUUGAUGAAAACAAACUCCAUGGUAAACCUGAUAAAACCUUGCGCUUUUCACUCUGCAGUGAUAAUCUGGAAGGAAUAUCUGAAGGUCCUUCAAAUCGCUCCAACUCAGUGUCCUCUUUGGAUUUGGAAGGGGAGUCUGUAUCAGAGCUUGGUGCAGGUCCCUCUGGGAGUAAUGGUGUUGAAGCUCUGCAGCUGCUGGAGCACGAACAAGCCACAACUCAGGAUAAUCUUGAUGACAAGCUCCGUAAAUUUGAAAUCCGUGAUAUGAUGGGGUUGACUGAUGACAGAGAUAUAUCAGAAACUGUGAGUGAAACUUGGAGUACAGAUGUCUUGGGUAGUGACUUCGAUCCAAAUAUUGACGAAGAUCGUUUACAAGAAAUUGCAGGUGCAGCUGCAGAGAACAUGCUAGGCAGCUUGCUGUGUUUACCAGGUUCAGGAUCCGCGUUGCUUGAUCCUUGCACAGGUUCAACCAUCUCAGAAACCACAAGUGAGGCUUGGAGUGUGGAAGUAUUACCAAGCGAUUCAGAAGCCCCAGAUCUAAAACAGGAGGAAAGGCUGCAAGAACUGGAAAGCUGUUCUGGGCUGGGUAGCACAUCAGAUGACACAGAUGUAAGGGAGGUCAGUUCUCGACCCAGUACACCAGGCCUCAGUGUUGUAUCAGGUAUUAGUGCAACAUCUGAAGAUAUUCCUAACAAGAUUGAGGAUCUCAGGUCUGAAUGUAGCUCUGACUUUGGGGGAAAAGAUUCUGUGACAAGUCCUGAUAUGGAUGAAACAGCCCAUGGAGCCAGUCAGUUGACAUCUCCUCCUUCUCAGACAGAUUCUUUGCUUGCACUGUUUGACCCUUUGUCAUCGAAUGAGGGUGUGUCAGCUGUUGUACGGCCUAAAGUACAUUAUGCAAGACCGUCUCACCCACCACCAGACCCACCAAUUUUGGAAGGAGCUGUGGGAGGUAAUGAGGCUCGAUUACCAAACUUUGGGUCUCAUGCUUUAAUUCCAACUGAUUUAGAAGCGUUCAAGCAGAGGCACUCUUAUCCGGAAAGGCUGGUCCGCAGCAGGAGUUCGGAUAUAGUGUCAUCAGUUCGGAGACCUAUGAGUGAUCCUGGGUGGAACAGACGUCCUGGUAAUGAGGAGAGGGAGCUUCCAGCCCCGGGGGCAGCUGUUCUGAUGGCUACAUCCCAGUCAUCGUCGUCAUCUCCCAGUAAGGACUCCUCUAGAGGAGAGAUGGAUGAGCGAAAAGACAGCGAUGAUGAGAAGUCUGACAGAAACAAACCGUGGUGGAGAAAACGCUUUGUGUCUGCCAUGCCCAAAGCUCCAAUUCCAUUUAGAAAGAAAGAAAAGCAGGAAAAAGACAAAGAUGAUAUGGUACCUGACAGAUACUCAACACUACAAGAUGAUCCGAGCCCAAGGCUCAGCGCUCAGGCUCAAGCUGCAGAAGAUAUUCUGGACAAAUACAGGAAUGCAAUUAAGCGAACCAGUCCUAGUGAAGGAGCUUUAGUAAACUAUGACAGUGGAGAGACUACAGGGGAUGGUGAGAGUGUCCACGACUCUCCACGUGAUGAGGCUUUGCAAAACAUGUCUGCAGAUGAUCUCCCAGACUCUGCAAGUCAAGUAGCUCAGCCACAAAGUUCUGCUUUCUCCUAUAGGGAUGCAAAGAAGAAAUUGAGGUUGGCUCUCUGUUCAGCAGAUUCUGUUGCUUUUCCAAUGUUGACACAUUCAACGAGGAAUGGUUUACCAGAUCACACAGAUCCUGAAGACAAUGAAAUUGUGUGCUUCUUGAAAGUUCAGCUAGCUGAAGCUAUUAACCUUCAAGACAAGAACUUGAUGGCCCAGCUGCAGGAAACAAUGCGAUGUGUGAGCCGCUUUGAUAACAGGACCUGUCGGAAGCUGCUAGCCUCUAUUGCAGAGGACUACAGGAAAAGAGCUCCAUAUAUUGCUUAUUUAACUCGAUGUCGCCAGGGCCUGCAGACAACACAGGCACACUUGGAAAGGCUAUUGCAAAGAGUUCUGCGAGACAAAGAGGUGGCCAACAGAUACUUCACUACAGUGUGUGUGAGGUUACUGCUAGAGAGCAAAGAAAAGAAAAUCAGGGAGUUUAUUCAAGAUUUCCAGAAACUUACGGCAGCAGAUGACAAAACAGCCCAAGUUGAAGAUUUUCUUCAGUUCUUAUAUGGAGCAAUGGCUCAGGAUGCCAUAUGGCAGAAUGCCAGCGAAGAACAGCUUCAGGAUGCACAGUUAGCUAUAGAGCGCAGCGUGAUGAAUCGUAUUUUCAAACUUGCGUUCUACCCUAAUCAGGAUGGAGAUAUUUUACGUGACCAGGUCCUUCAUGAGCACAUACAGAGGUUAUCUAAAGUGGUGACUGCAAACCACAAAGCGCUUCAGAUUCCUGAGGUGUAUCUCCGGGAGGCACCGUGGCCAUCGGCACAGUCUGAAAUCCGUACCAUAAGUGCUUACAAAACCCCCCGAGACAAAGUGCAGUGCAUCCUGCGAAUGUGCUCAACCAUUAUGAACCUGCUUAGCCUGGCAAAUGAAGAUUCAGUGCCUGGGGCAGAUGAUUUUGUUCCUGUUCUGGUCUUUGUUCUUAUAAAGGCAAAUCCACCUUGCUUGCUGUCCACUGUUCAGUACAUAAGUAGUUUCUAUGCCAACUGCUUAUCUGGAGAAGAGUCCUACUGGUGGAUGCAGUUCACAGCAGCAGUUGAAUUCAUUAAAACUAUUGAUGAUCGCAAGUAACUCAGCACAUACAUGGGCAGACUGUUAGCAGAAGAGUCUGUAAGAAUGUACAACAGCUGUGACAGCUAAGAAGAGACUUCCAUUGUAUAAUAUUGUACAGAAUUGAGGCAUUUUAAAACACACCUUUACUAAUCAAAUUAAUUUAACAGAUUUUCCUCUUCUCUUUCGGUUGCAUUUUUCUCCCCUGCAGAUACUGGCACUGAAAAAGGGACCACAGUUUUCAGGUAUUUUGGAAUCUCAAAACAUACAGAAAAGUCUUUGUGGUUUUUCCACCACCCCUCUUCCUGAAUUCUUACUCACGUGAAUAAUUCACUUCAUUUCUAACGGAACACUGAAACAAGAAUAAUCAGGGCAACCACUCAGUGUACUUUCUAGCUCAAUACACCUUUUAUUAAUAAAGCACCAGCCACACUGAAAGUUUGUAGUAGGUGACAUUAGUUACCAAUUGUAUUUCACCUAAAUUGAAAAUCAGAGAGGACAAUGUAAAUAGUAUAUAACUGUAUUUAAUGCAUCGCAGCUAUCUGUGGACUCACUGUCCUUUGAGUGAACGAGCAAAAGCCUCUCUGACCUCUAACAGGUUGUUACAUACUGUGCUUUGGUAAGUGAAAGGACUUCCUCAAAAAGGCAAAGAGUAAAAAAGGGCAAAUGGAACUAUUUAUUAAAAUGUAAUUAAGAGUACUGAAAUUUCUGAAACUGGAAUUUAUAAUAGACAGGGCUUGUUAGAUAGCUGAACACUUUUUGGCUGGGGCAUUAGGGCACUAUAAGGGUUUGAAUAUGUAAAGGAGAGAGGGUCUGUAAGUUACAGUAGAUAAGCCUAAUAUAAAAGAGGAGUAAUAAAAUACCUUACUGUAAUAUUUUUUUCUGAAAUAUUGUGUAUACUGUACAAACCCCAAACAGAGAUCCUUAACAGAACCUCGGGCUGUAAUAUAUAUUUUGAUUAGUGACAUUAAAUGCAUAUACCAGGGGUUUCAGUGAAUGUUUUUACUAAAUGUUCUUCAUGUUGUCUGCUAUGCAGCAGUGCAAGUUUUACUGUUCAUAUAAAAUAUUUUAAAAUGUAACACUGUUCUUUAUGAAACAUAUCAUGACAUCAGUUCAGGGUGUUUUAUAGAUUUCCCACCUCACCUUUCCCUUAAACUGACGACGAUGAAUUCAAAGAAGUUUUUAUGCACAAUACCACGCGGAUUUUUCAUGAACAGUCUGAGUGAUGGCCAGUGGUUGUCACGUGUAUACAAGCAAUUGCUGUUCUUUUUUAGCUACAAUUACACUGAAAAAGGGCAGUGAGCCUUUAUCUUUUUCAUGUCAGUAUUAUUCUUUGCUCUUCCUGGAGUGUGGAGUGCACUUCUGACAGAAGGGCACGGUAAGAUGUGGUGUCUGAGUGGUAAAGGAAAGAAAAUCCUUCUCAUGUUCUUUGCAAAAUACACUUGUUUUGGUUUUGUGAAUGUGUGCAUCCUGAAGAUUAAAACCCAUACACAGCUAGUACUCCAGAAAAUAAUUUGGUUAACUGAAAUUAGAACAGAGUAUGCAAACUGUCAUGUGCUUGGUUUGGCUGUGCUGCUUGUCAAGGCAUCAUUAAAGAAACUUCUUUACUAGGACUCUUCUAAUACGUAAUUCGGUGUGGCGCUUUUGCCAAGCUAAUCCGAAGUGAGAGUGAGGAAUGGGAACUUUUAUUUAGAGCCUUUCUGCUCUGAGAGAUUCAUUCUGUGGAGGAGCAACACUCGAUAGAAAUGGAAUUCCUUUGAUUGCCUUCCUGCGGUAACUCAGUGUGGAGCAUUGCAAUAUUCCAGUUAUUUAGCCUUGAUGGGUUAUUGGUGCUGAACACGUAACUUAAUAUUGCAAGCACAGCCCUGACCAAUAACACCCAGAAGCAAAGCACAAAUAUGCCCUGGAAGGUAUGGCGAGAUCAUCUCUAAAAGCAAUAUAAACUUAUUUAUAGUGAAGUCUCCUUAAUAUUUAAUUAUGACUUGGGUAUCGGAUGUUAAGACCAGUGUAUGAAAGUUCCUUUAGUCCUGCAGUUUGGGUUUUAGUUGAGGAGAAUAUCUGAUCCCUAAAUUGGUCUUGUUCUGCACUGUACUCGUUUAAAGGAUGGCACAAGGACUGGUGAUCGCUGCCCUCUGCCUGCUGGCAGAUGGGCUCUGCUCAGCACCGCCACGGCUUUCAGAUUUGCUCUCCUUCACGGAAGGGGUAAGAACCAUUUCCUUUGCCAUCUUCAUUACACUGUGUAGAAAAAUACUUACUUAAAAGAACUGGAGUCAUUCUAAAAAUUUAUUUUAAAAGCAGUGUUUGUUUUGACGUGCCCCAGAUUAGCUGAGAGUCUUCAUGGCAAAAUUGUCCUUUGCUUUUUUUCUUAAACAGCUUUGAAAGUUCCUUAGGUCGCAUUGCUAGCCGUAGUUAGAGAAUUAGGGUUUCCAAAGAAUUAAAAACCUUCCUGUAGUAUGACAUUAAUACUUUCCCUGGUGUCCUGUAACGUUUUAUUUUAGAACGAUGAAUUAAAUGUGUAGAAAGUGAUGUUAGAUUUUGGUGUGCAAUGGUGAAUGUGAAAAGACAGCGCAUAAAGGACCAAAAGUGACAACUUGCCAAAAGGUGCCGGCCAACCACGUGCACCCGACUCUGUGAACUUGGUGCUCUCUUCAAAUGCCUUCAACAACUGAAGGGUGAAUGGGACGCUCUGAGGGAAAAGGCACGGGGUCAGUAGCAGUAGCUUGCAUUGGUCGGCUCGAGGGCAGCUUGUUGUGUGUCCCGAGGAGCUGCCGAGGUAAACGGUGCCACGACUGUCCCUGCUGGUGCUGCUAAGGUGGUGCUAAGGUGGUGGUUUCAUUGUUUUGGGAGGAGAAGUGGAAGAAAAGGGCUGGUCCUUUCAUCCCUGAGAAAUUACUUUUUUUUACUCUUAAGAAUUCUCUUUCAGGCUUUUGUAGAUCCUCUUUAAGGAGAGUUGGAGUGGGUGUGGCCUAUUUGAGUUCAGAGGUUUUCGUUUUGAAGACCUUAUGCUACCAAACGCUGAAUGUAACUGCCAUAAAUUUCAGGAAAAAAAGCCACGAUCCUGUUUCCUGUGUUGGGUUUCUGGUGAGCACAGUGUUGGUUUGUAUUGCUGGAAAAUGUUGAUGCUCUUUAAGCCAAAUUGGAGCAGAGGUUUGAGAACUCACGGCUGCUUUCAAACUGCAGUGUGUGUGGAGGAAGGCUGGUGGGGCAGACAAGGAGCAGCAGGAGAGGGCAGACCUGCUUAGCAGCAAAGAUUCAAGCAAGUGAAGCAUGUGUGUGUGAAAUCGAGUGUAACUUAUGUGGCCGCGUGCAGCACCGACUGUGCAGCCUCAGGCUGGCAGCAGGACAGAGAGCUGGAGCAGCAGGACGGGGCGGGCAGCUCUGAGCCGGGAACAGCUGGUGCCUUGGUUGAGCCUGUACUACUGGAGAAUUAACCUCUGCUGAGUGCGUAGUGUGUGUUCUGUACCUUUUAAUUGUGCUUUACCUCUAUUUAAAAGCUUUGUACUGCCUCUCCUAUUUGAAACUGGUAAAGCCUUUAUACGUCUAAAUGAGCGAGCUUGCACAAUCUUGUAUACAGGAAACCCAUCUUGUCUCUAACGUGAUUAUUCAUGUAUUAUUCUGUAAAAACUGAUUAAAAGGAGAGCAGUUGGCCUGGCUGGA